UAGACAGCACUGAUAGGUGGCACUGACUCGCGGCACUGCUAGGCAUAGACUGGCGCAACUGCUGAGCACUGACUGGCAGCACUGCUGGGCUGCAUUGAUGGGCACUGGUGGGUGGCACUGGUGGGCACAGGUUGGUGGCACUGGUGGGCACAGGUGGGUGGGCACAGGUGGGUGGCACUGCUGUGCACAGGUAGGUGGCACUGCUGGGUGGCAUUGGUGGGCACUGCUGGGCACAGGUGGGGGCACUGCUGGGCAUAGGUGGGUGGAACUAGUGGGUGGCGCUGCUGGGCACCGAUCAUCAGGGCACUGAUCAUCAGUGCCCUGAUGAUUGG